CGACCCCCGUGACCCUAGUGAGGAUAAAGCAGGCUUACGUGUCAGACACGUUCUUUGCGGUGCUGCUGUGCGCCUGCGCAGUGUAGCGUGCAGAGCGUGUGAAGAUGGAGCUUCAGGAGGCUCAGACUGAAGUGAAACAGCUGAUAAGCAGAGUGAGAGCACGAGACCGGGCCAGGCUGAUCCACUGGAUCCGGAAUUCAGAUGACCUGGACCACUUCCUGUCCGACAGCCGGACCAUGAUCCUUCAGGGCAUCGCUGAUGACCUCAGGGUUCAUCUUUCUCUGGACGCCAUGUUGGACUGUGAGGUGGUGGCACAUAGGAAGAUGCAGGCGUGUCCUCGUCCCACCGUCCACGUGGACAGUUUCCUGUACGAUGACCACCUGGUGGACUCUCUGUGUGACCAGGGGAAGAUGAGCAGAACCUACUGCCUGGGCUGUGGAUCCACCAGAACUGCCCCCCUGGAUUUCCUCUCUCACUCGUUCUCGGUCCCGGAGCUUCGGUUCUUGUUCCUCCACGUUCUUCCAGAUCUAAGCGGGCGCACGCUGGUGGAUGUCGGGUCCAGACUGGGGGCAGUGCUGUACGGGGGUCACGUGUUCAGCUCGGCGUCUCGUCUGCUGGGAGUGGAGUUCAGCGAGGAGUUUGUCCGUCUGCAGAACGACACCAUCCACAAGUACGGACUGCACGACCGGGUCCAGGUUCUCCACGCUGACAUCCUCACCCAGGACGCUCUGCUGCAGAACACAGACGUUCUCAUCAUGAACAACGUGUUUGAGUUCUUCAUGGAGCCCAGUGAACAGCUGAGGGCCUGGAGGUUCAUCAUGUUGAACUUCAGGAGGAGUGGAGCUCUGCUGGUGACUGUCCCCAGUUUACAGGAGAGUCUGCACACCUUACAGGAGGAGCCACCGUCUGAUUGGGUGGAGGAGCUGCCUGUCGACUACGACAUCUAUGUCGGCAAAGACACGGACGCAGACGCCCUGCGACAGAUCCACCUGUACAGGGUCAUGUGACCUACACCUGAAAUAAAAAUGUUAAUGAAAGA